AUUCCAUGAAUUUCGGUUAGCUUUCUCAGUUAAAUAGUGGACUCUCAAUAGAUACUUGAUGUCAUGUGCGCUCGCUUCUAAAACGCCUAUAAAUACACUGCAUGGCCUCAUAGUAACUUCAUUCACCACCUUUUCUAACCACUCGCUCGCUCGCUUCUUUCAUUCUUCGUUCAAAUCUUCUCACGAGAAAAUCGCCACGCAGCAAAGAAGGACGAUGGAGAUGUUCGUGUUGAAGAGCUCCGACGAUGAAUCCUUUGAAGUCGACGAAGCGGUGGUACUUCAGUCGCAGCUCUUGUCGAAUCUUUUUGAAGACUGCAGCGGCGCUCGUGAAUGCAAGAUUGAAGAAGUCACAGGCCAAGUCCUCUCGAAGGUGGUCGAGUACUGCAAGAGCCACGUCGUCGACGGUGGUGAUUCGUCUUCCUCCUCCUCCUCCGCCGGUGAUGCUCUCAAGAAGUGGGACGAUAAGUUCAUCACGCGAAUGGAUCUGUCCAUGGUCCUUGACCUCAUCAUGACUGCGAACUACCUAAACAUCAAAGGUCUUUUUGAUCUCACGUGCCAGAGAGUCGCUGAUGAGAUCGCAGCUUGCAAAGACCAUAAGGAGAUUCGCACAAAGUUCGGCAUCGUAAGUGACUACACAGCGGAGGAGGAAGCAGAGGUUCUCAAGGAGAACGAGUGAGAGGGUUAAUCUAAACUACGAUAAACAUCGCUUUCUUGUUUUGAAUUUUGUGGAUAUGAACCGUACUAUGUAAAGUCUUUGGUUUCUGAAGCGAUCCGUUCUUGAUUCUAUGAAUUGAGUAUUCAACUCCUUUUAUGCUUUCUGCGAAUUUGAUCUUUACAUCGAUUAUAUUGUUGCAUUGCUUCAACUUAAUCCUUACCGCAAGAACCAAGAGAGUUGUGUUCACUAGACAUGACUCGUCUUUGGCGUGCAGAACAAGAAAAGGCAAUUUUUGAUUCUUAAACAAGAUUAAGAAAACAGAGGAUGAUGAUGAUAAACUUCAUAUAUAUAGAAGAAGUUUUGUACAUGUGAAACUUGCGGUUUAAGAAAUCUUUGCUCUCUAUCGAUUUAAAGUACUUUUGUUCAUUGGCUUUUUCCUAUGCGCAAGCUCAAAACUUGUAUAGCUGCAGAACUAAAUCUAUAUCAAGAGAACCGGAGUUGUUUUCACUAACAUGACGUGACUCUUCUUUUGGUGUUGGAUAAAUUAACUCUUUAGCGGAACAUUGCACAACAUAAAAGAAAAGAGAAAGGCAUUUCAAAACUCUAAAAUUUGAAGUAUGGUGAUUAUAAUGUGUACAUACGUAGAAGAAGGUUUUUAUACGUAGAAGAAGGUUUUCACUAAUUUGAAGUAUGGUGAUUAUAAUGUGUACUUACAUAUUUUUAUUUUAGGAAAGUAACACUUGGGGUGUGCCAAAGCAGCUUACAGAUUCUUCGUUUGGUGAGCGCAAGAAAGUUUCACGCCCACUGUAUAUUCUUACCAUUUACUUAUGAAGAUAUUUGCAUAGUGUGGAGCGUAUAAGGCAAUAUGGAGAAUUGGAGAUUAGUUGAUGAGAUGGUUCAAGAUGGAUAUCCGACAACAGCUAAGAACGUUUAAUCUGUUAUGAAUAUGGAAGUGAGGAUGCCUGACCCUUACAGCAUAUCGAGUCAGACCAUCAAGAAGCUAACAAUUUACUAUGAUUGUGAAUAUGGAAGUGAUUUUAUGUCAUUUGACGGCCCAAGUCUUGUCUCCCUCGACUGCAGUGACUAUGCCUUGUAUGUGUACCCACUUGUUAACUUGGAAUCCUUGGUCGAAGCUAAGCUGGUGGACCUUUGUUAUUCUAAAAGGAUCAAGAGGCCGGAUAUAUCUGGUCUCCUUGUAGGGAUAAGCAACGUCCAGACCCUGCAUCUUUCUGUAGGUUCUGUUGAUGUAAGUCUUCCCAUUUUCUUUAAAGAGGAGCCUGGACAUUAUUUUUUAAAAAGAUAUCUACUUCCAUUAAUCUAUCCGAAGAUCGAGAAUUCAAAUGUUGAUUACAAGCUUAAAAAAAAUCUAAUUCAAACUUAGCUUGUUUUGUUUGAUCUAAGCUUGGACAAUGCUUGAAAAGUUACUGUGUGUUGUGUGUUGCAGGUGAUUUCAAUGUGUAGAAGAUGGACUAGUUUUACCGAUGUUCAAGAAUCUGGUUAGCUUAUCUUUUGGGAGUAACCACAAACGAUGUUGGAAACUGCUGCCUUAUCUGCUUAAACAGUCUCCAAAGGUUGAGACAAUAGUCAUCAAGGUAUAUUUUCAGCAAGCAAAAAUUUCUAUAUAUAUAUGUAUAAAGAAACGUUAUUUUAAAUCGUUGCAUGCAUCUUCUUUUUGAUGCUUCUCCAGGGUCGUGAUGGUGACACAUGCGAUGAUACCAUUGCAAGUGAAGGUGUUGGAUAUUCUUGUUUAUAAAGGAACUGCUAAAGAGUUUGAACACUUGAAGAGUUUGCUUGGGGCAACGAAAUGCAACGAAAAAGUGCGAGUGGAGUUCCACGAAAAUGUGUGGUGGAUGUGGAUGAUGACACUAUUACUCAAACCCGUAGGGAUCUAGUUACCCUAUUUGGAGUUGUUGCAGAACCAUUCCAGUGGAAUGUCGAAGUCGCAUAUUUCAAGUAGUUUAUACUUAUAAAUUGCUCUUGUAGGGAGCUUUCUUUUAUGUAACAUUAAACUCACAAGUUGUUUCAUAUCGCAUUGCUUUUGCAUGAGCCUCUUUUCUUGUCCUAAAUUCAUAAAUAAAUAUUUUAUAUUCAAAAAUUAUAGAUUGCUAAAGAUUAUAAACUCUCUUCUACUUAGAUUGGUAUGAUGGUAUACUUUAUCAUCAUUAAUCAUAAUCAUAUCAACACCAUCAUCAUUAUUAGUUUAUUACUAACAUCAUUAUUAUACAUAUCAAUGAUGAUGUUCAAAAUUAAAUAAUUUGGUGCUAAUGUGUAUGUUCCACUGAAUUUCGGUCAGCUUUUUUAUUGGUUUAAUGAUGUAAUCCAUUGAUAUAAAAUAUGAAAUAUAAGUAUAUAACUGAUCAGAGUUUCAUAAAUAAUUGACUCUUUUAAUAGAUAAAUAUUAGUUAAACUUGAUGAGCUUCUACUCAAAUUAAGGCUUACAAAUACACAUGCAUGUGCUGAUUCAUCGCUCUCUCGAUUCUUUAAUCUACAUAUUUAAUCUACAUCAAUCAGUGUUCAGGUAAACGCUCCACAAAGAUAUUAUGUUCAUUUAGUUCCAAAAUAUUUAUUUCCUUUUUUGUUAAAUGAGGUUGUUGUCUUUCUCAUUUGCAUAUUGUUGAAACUUACAUUCUUGUUCAAAAUCUCAGGCUUACUGCUUUUUCCCGAUAUUCUAAGGUUUUAGAAGUUUCACUUGAUAUCUAGUCCUUAUGGUAGUUUGUUAUGUGUUAUGGUUUACUGGAUUUAGUUUGUCUUUCCAUGGUUUGGAGUUUUUCUUUGUUUGGACUUUUGUUUUUGGAGUUUUAGAAACUACCAAAUUUAUGCAUCUUGAUCAUCUCCAUUGGGAAGAUGUAAUGAAAUAUCUCAAAAGUAAUUAGUAACAUAUUAGUUGAGUAUUAUUCCAAUUUUAAAUUUGGGAACCCAAACUAAGAAAAGGUCCAAUUCAAAAUAUAUACUUCAUAUUUUAUAAUUCAAACGUUGAUAUGAUGAUGGUAAAGAUAUACCUAUCAUUAUGAUGAUGACAAUGGUACCAAUUCAUUAGGAUCUAAAUGAUAAUUCCUUUGGUGCUAUCAGAGCCGGUCCGUGUAUUUACCGGGCUGGAAGCAGAACUAAGAAAAAGUGGCCUAUUUAUGUUUAAUUAUUUGUAAAAGAAACUACUUUAAAAAUGUCACUGCGUAGAGUCUCGAACCCUCACCUUUACAUAGCUCAAAUUUCACCAUUACCACUGGAGCUACUGGAUAAAUAUUGUAAAAAUGUGGCCGCUAAACUUGAUAAUUUAAUGACGGCUGGAAGCAGCCGCUUCUCCCGCUUACCUCCAAGGCCGGCUCUGGGUGCUAUUGUGCUAAUGUGUAUGUUCCAUGAAUUUCGGUUAGGUUUCUCAGUCAAAUUUGUGGUUUAAUUAAUAAAUUUAUUUGAAGAACGGGCUCAUAACUUCAUUCAGAAUAUAUAAUUGAAAAUUUCAUAAAUAAUUGACUCUCAAUCAAUAGACUUGAUUGAUAUGUGCUUCUACUAAACGCCUAUAAAUACACUGCAUGGGCUCAUAACUUCAUUCACCACCUUUUCUAUUCGCUCGCUCGCUCUCUUAUUACUUCUUUCAUCCUCCCUCGAAUCUUCUUACGAGAGAACCGCCACGCAGCAAAUCACGACGAUGGAGAAGGAGAAGAAGAUGUUCGUGUUGAAGAGCUCCGACGAUGAAUCCUUUGAAGUCGAUGAAGCCGUCGUACUCCAAUCUCAGCACUUGUCGCAUGUUGUUGAAGACUGCACCGGUCGUGAACACAAGAUUGAGAAUGUCACAGGCAAGAUCCUCGCGAAGGUGGUCGAAUACUGCGAGAACCACGUCGCCGUCGUCAACGAUGGUGGUGCCAAUUCUUCUUCCUCCUCCUCCUCCGGUGAUGCUCUCAAGAAGUGGGACGAUAAGUUCAUCAAGGAAAUGGAUAUGUCCACGGUCUACGAUCUCAUCAUGGCUGCGGACUACCUAGACAUCAAAGGUCUUUUUGAUCUCACGUGCCAGGGAGUCGCUGACGUGAUCGCGGCAUGCAAAGACCAUAAGGAGAUUCGUGCAACGUUCGGCCUCGUGAAUGACUACACAGCAGAGGAGGAAGCAGAGGUUCUCAAGGAGAACGAGUGGGCUUUUGAUUGAUGAAUGAAUGAGCGGGUUAAUCUAAACCCCUAGCUACUCUUUCUUUUCGAAUCUUUGUGAUCGUUUAUGAGAUAAACAUUGCUUUCUUGUUUUGAUUUUAGUGAAUCUUUAGAACCUUUCUUGACUCUUACGCAAAAAGAUUGAGUGAAAAACAGAGGAUGUUGUUAAACUGCAUAUAUCUAGAAGAAGUUUUGUACA